AGCAAUUCUAGUUAUAGAAAAUGGAAAUAUCUUAAAAAAGAAUGGUCUCCCUCAGAUCGAAUUUUAUCAGCAUUUCGACUUUCUCAAAGACUUGCAUCACAAAUAUGUCUCAAGCUUUAUUGUACAAAAUAUACCAAAAUUCCAAUCUUAUUAAUUUAUAGGCCAAAAGAUGAGUGCAAACAAAAUUGCCUUGUUCUAAUCCCUAGCUUAUCCGAAAAAAGGGAGCUAGUGAAAAAUGAUAUAAUACACUUACUCUUAAAUACACUUCCUGAUAAAUUCUUACAAGGCAUGUUAGGAAAAGAAAAGGCUAUAUAUUGGGAACUUGGAUAUGCAAUGAUCAUUUAUACUAGUCAGGAAAUAAUACUCAAAGCUUUGCAAUGUGUUUGGGUUAUCGAUGAAAAUUUAGUCUGGAAUAAUCUAAUUUAUCUCGUAGUUGGUCGUGUAGAAUAUUUGAGCCAACUUAUUCAGAUUGAAGGUCCCUCAUUACCUCCUGAGAUUGAAGAUGCAAAAAAUAAAAAAGCUAUCAAACAUUCAUUGAGACUAUUUAUUUCUGAAAAACUUGUAGGAUAUAUGGAUCAAGAUAAGAAAAAAGGUCAUGAAUUUAACUUAUCUGUUGAUUAUAUCCUUGUAUUAAAAGAUUUGCAAAAAAAUAAAUAUGAAUUAUGCCUCAAUGAAAUGUUAUAG